AUGCAGGACCAGUCCCGAUUUGGCAAGGUUGGCCCCAGGCAGUGGAGCAAAAUACCAAAAUAUCCCACGGAGCUCCAAGCCAGGAACAGGCCGGAGCUGGUAGACAACGGAAGCCAGCCUACAACCUCAGACGAAGUCGUGGUGGCAGGUUCAAAGGUGAUCCUCUCCUGCAAGGUGGAAGAUCCAGACGAUUCCUCGCUCCAGUGGUCCAAUCCUGCUCAGCAGACGCUGUACUUUGGAGAAAAACGAGCAUUGCGAGACCUUCGAAUCCAGUUGGAAAAUUCGACGGCCAAUGAGCUGAGCAUCAGUAUUGACAACACAACUCUGGCUGAUGAGGGAGAAUAUACCUGCACGAUAUUCACCAGGCCCGUACGGACUGCGAAAGCGAUGGUCACCGUGUUGGGAAUCCCACAAAAGCCCCAAAUCUCUGGUUACUCAGGUCCUCUUAGGGAAGGAGAUGUGGCUGUGUUGACAUGUGCCUCUUCUGGCAGCAAGCCAGCUGCUCUGCUCAAAUGGAAGAAGGGUGAUAAACCCUUGACAGGCCAGUCUUUGGAAAUGUCCAAAGAUGCCAACGGAAAGACGUUUACUGUCACCAGCCAAGUAGAAUUUACAGUUGGGAAAGAGGAUGACGGUGUGGAUGUCAAAUGCACAGUUGAUCCUUCUUCUCAGCAAAUCUCCGAGAAAUCCACCUCGCAACGCAUAUCUGUCUUUUACAAACCAACAGCAAAAAUUGAACCAAAACCAGAACAUCCACAGGAAGGGGACAAUUUAGAACUGCAUUGCAAAGGACAAGGGAAUCCAGUCCCUCAGGAAUACAAAUGGGAGAAGGAUGGUGUCGAGACACCCUUGUUGGACGCUCAGGAUAAUAUCCUUAUCUUCCCCAACUUAAACAAAAGUGACAGUGGGACAUAUAUUUGCUAUGCCUCAAAUAUUAUGGGCAUCUCCACUGCGAGAUACAUCCUAUCUGUUAGUGACUCCAGUCCCAUGCCACACACAGGAAGCAGCUAUCACGCCAUCGUUGGAGGCGUAGUAGCAGUUGUCGUCUUCCUCCUCCUCAUCCUCCUCAUCAUUCUGGGACACUACUUGAUUCGGCACAAAGGCACCUACUUGACCCAUGAGGCCAAAGGCUCAGACGAUGCCCCAGAUGCAGACACAGCCAUUAUCAACGCAGAGGGAGGUCAAUCAGGCGGGGACGACAAGAAGGAAUAUUUCAUCUAAGAGGGGAAGGGUGGGGCACGGUGGCAGGGCAGCAGGGGGGAGAAAGAGGAGGAAGAAGAGGAAGAAGUAGUGGCAAAUUGGAACCCGACCUCAACAGGAUGACAACGGAACCCACCCAACCAAUAUGUCUAUGGCAUUUCUCUCGUGCCCAGGAAGGAAUGAGAUGGAAAGACAGAGGGACAGUAGCAAGGGAGGGCCGAGAUUAACGACAGACGGAGAAGGAGAGAGAGAAAGAGAGGGGGGAAAAAGAGAUCAACUGGCUCAUGAUGCUUCUUGAACUUGUAUAAAACAUUGCUACCAAAUGGGAGGGGGGAAACCCCAUCCUUCUGAACACUGAGAAUCCUUCAAAACAAAAAAGCACCCCCUGCUUUUCCUGCUUGCUUGUAUCUACAUACCUGCGGCUGCCGAGCUCACACUAAAAACACAGAGCUGAAGAGUGAGUGAUGAUGCUACGUUCCUUCCUUCCUUCCUUCCUUCCUUCCUUCCUUCCUUCCUUCCUUCCUUCCAGCUUGUUUUCAGGGCUGUUGGUUUGGGGGUCUCUUCCCUCCCCCUCUUUUUUUCUUUUUUAAUGAUGUGCUCUGUUUUGGACUCUUUCUUUUCUUUUGGAAGAUCUCUGUUCUUGUCCCCUUCUGUUGGGAAUGUCUUGAUGGUGGGGUGGGGUAUUCAAGGGAUGUGGUGGGUGUGCCUCUGCUUUCUUUAGGGUUGUCCUAGUUUUUGGCUGCGGCCUCCAGGAUAAAAUCAGCUUGUGCAAAAAAAAUUGGGCGGGUGGGAUGCAUAACUUGGGAGUAGACCCCCAUUGAUGAGAUGUGGGUCCUUCCUCCCAAUGAGAAAUCUUUAAAUUUCUCCUGCAAAUUGGAUCUUGGAUGGGAUGAAGGACCAACAGAUGGGAAAAUCUUGAGAUGACUGAGGAACCAAGCAAGAUAGAUUUGAGAAGGUUCUGUGGGUUACAAAUAACGCCCCUAGUAUUUGAAGAAUCUUUGUUUCUUGGGUCCUCCUAAAUGAGAAGAAUUGGUAUCUGUUGUUUAAAUCUGCUUGAUCUGGUACCCGUUACUCAGGUCCUCUUCAAACAAAUUGGUACUAGUUAUUCGAAUCCUCUUGAUUCAGAAGAAUUGGUACUAGUUGCUCAGAUCCUCUGGAUUUGGACAAAUUGGUACUAGUUAUUCAGGUCCUCUUAAUUCAGAAGAAUUGGCACCAAUUACUCAGAUCCCCUGAUUUGGACAAAUUGGUAGCAGUUGCUUGGGUCCUUUUCAUCCAGACAAAUUAGUACUAGUUACUCAAGUUCCCCUGAUUCAGAAUAAUUGGUCCUAGUAACUUGGACCCUUCUUGAUUUCGACAAACUGGUACCAAUUACUCAAGUCCUCUUGAUUUUGAAGAAUUGUUAUCACUUACUUGGGUUCUCGUGAUUUGAAAGAAUUGGGGCCUCUUCCUUGGAUCCUCUUACAUUGGAUAAUGUUGGUACCAGGUCUUGGGGGACUAUUGGGAAGGGUCUGGGGCAGGUGGGAAGUCAUUGUGUACUGAUUUUAUCCUUCAGUCUAGUUUUGUUUCUCCAGUUGAGUCUCUUUGUUCGAGAGGAGAAUGUUGUUCUGUGGUCUGUGUAACCAUGGGGCGCCAGCUACCCAGUUCCAGUCCCUACCCAAACCCAUGGAAAAAAAUUCUGACAGUGUGGUUGGAUGCCACCCAAGUGUCAUUGAAGCUUCCCAACCAUGGGAGGGGGGGAUGGUAGUAGACAUGGGUGUUUAAAGGGAGUCGGUGAAAGAGGCCCCUCACCAGGAUCUUCCUCAGUUUUCACCCACACGGUCUCAGUGUCCAAGGGUGUCUCACCCUUCUGUGUCUUCCUUGCCGUAGAGAUGAGAAAGGACUUUUGGGGAGCAUCAAAAAGGCAAGUUCCACCCAGCACUAGUGUCCGGUGAUGGGGAAAGUUGAACCAGCAGGGUUCUUGAAAGGAACAUCCUCCACCAUACACCCCUAUCGUUCACUGCUGAUGAUGUGGGAAGUCUGCUCAGAUCUCAGCCCCCAACUAACACAACUGCAAGCAAACGACCACCAUUUUCUUUCGCCUGGAUCCUUUGGAACCAUUGGAAAUGGUGGUGUUUUGCAGACUCACUUGGAGCUCAGACUUGUGGCAAAUGUCUUGAUCUCACAAUGGGAUCCCAGAAGGAUAAGUUUACGUUUACCCAUUAUCAGGGAGAGUUGUGUGAAAAUCAGCCCUGGGGAGUAAUAAACUUGCCAGCUGAUAUGACACCAAAUUGUGACAUUCGUCACAACACAUUUAAAAAGAAAACCUCUGGAUGGUUGUUCAUCUACCUGACCACUUUAUCAUAAAAGUCUAUAGUAAAAGGGGGGGGGGAAAUCACAUAGGUACUGCCAGUGUUUUAAAAGUUUUCACAAACACCUCAGUGAGGGCUAGAAACGGGGUGGAUAUUUGCAUGAAACAAACCUUUCACAUUUUAAAGUCCCUGAUGGUUUCACAUCAAAUCUGGGGUGGAGAAAUCUGUUGCCUUAGCUUUGCGAGUUUACAACUACUUUUUAGUUUUUUAAGUGUUUGGUAUGAUGAGUAUACAUGUGGAGAAAAAAUCCUUACAAUUCUUGUGUUUAUUCCUAGUUUUGCCAUUUUGCAGAAUGUAGCAUUCUGGGUUCUUCUCCCACCAGAACAUAUUUUGCUGUUCUGGGUUUGGGCCACCCACUUUUUCAAGGCAUGGCCCGUGGCACUCGCCCAGUGUUCAUGCAUGGCCCUCUGCCAACUUCUGUAACUGGGGUCUACAGCCUGAAUUUCUAUUGCUGAUAGAUAUAGAUUGACUUUAUCAUGUCAUUUAUUUAUUUGGAAUGUCUGAGCGUGUGAUUUGAGGCCAAUAAAAGGAAUGACCGCUUGAUAGAUUAUGGAAUUCACUGCCACAUGUCUUAGGGAGGGCCACCAACCUGCGUGGUUUGGAGGGACCCAUGGAGGAUCAAGCUGUUAGCUGUAAGAGCUGUCUCCUGGGGUUAUGCAAAUCCAUGUUGCGUCAAUGCAAUGGGACAGAUCAGUGCAUGGAAGCCAACAGAUUAAUUCAGUUGGUUGAACUGAAUGAUUUCAUUCAGGUGAUUUUGAAAAAGGUCUUGAAGACUUUUUUUGUCUGAAUCAAAUUGGACUUUCAAAUCCAGCCCUCUCAUUCAGAUGUUCAAAGCAAUGAUUCCAUUCAAAUCCAUUGAGACAUUUGAAUCCACUCCCUGAAUGUUCCAAUUUUCCAGGAGAAUGGAUUCAACAAAUCGGAUUGAACCCGAUUUCCACCAGUCCUCCUCUCCUCCAUCUCUGUUUUUGAAAGCAACGUCCUCUUAAUGGGGCAAUGGUGGGGUGGGGUUAACACCCACUACUGGCUGUCCAGAUCGGUGGAAACAGGCCGUGGGUCUAACGCUUUGGCCGGAUCCAGCAGAGUGAUUCGUGAUCAAUCUGUGCAAAUCCACCCGGCCUCAAACAAUACAAGAGAAGCCAACAAGGGAAGGCCUUCCAAGGUCCUGGUGUGCUGGAAGGAGAGGUGCAAGAUUUGUUGUGUGUAUGUUUGCGUGUAUCACUGAUGGAACACCCUUGUCAUCCUAAUUAGAGGUGGUAUUUUUGCUCAGCGGGGUGAGCAGCAAUUUUAAAGCACUUGAUGUCUCUUUCAGCACGAAACAAUUACUUGCUUUUGGAUGCUUCCUCUUAAACUAUUAGUGUUUGUUCAUUCCUUACCCCAAUGAACGCCAUGCAUGGAAUGUAUCGCCCUCUUCAAACAGAUCAGCAGCUUUACCGUUUUAAACUCUGCUUUUAUUUCCCUAUUUUUCCCUGGGUGACUAAGCCUGCCCCAUUUCAAUCCCCACUCCAAGAAGACCGUUUCAACGUAAGAGUUGCCAGCUGUCUGUGUUGCAUUUGAAACAGAAGCGCAUGGGUUUUAAUGCUUGCAUGGCCUUGCCGGUUAGGAGAUGUUCUAAGAAUAACAGGCAGUUGAAUGGCUUUUGCUAAAACAAGCGAAACAUUUGCAGGCAUAGUUCGACUCAGACAGGGCUGUCCCCUGUUUCUUUUUAAAAAUAAAGCUUUGCAAUGGGUCUGUAAAGAGAAACUGCUCAAAUUGUUCCUAUUAUGCAAACGAUGCCCUCAUAUGGACUAGGACCAUGAUUAUUUCAGUCAUGUAAAUAUUUGAUUUCUGGAGUAGGGAGGCCUUCUGAAUUAAUUUCCUCUUCUCUCUCCAAGAAGUAAAUUGCUUUUUAUAAUCAACAACACAGCUACAAGAAUGGAUAAAUGAAAAAUUUCAAUGUGGCAAUGGUUGUUGUUCCUGUUGUUGUUUCAUUGAUGGUGUUAUUGUUGUUACUAUAAUUAUUGUUACUAUUAUUAUUGCUCUUACUAUUAUUAUGCCAUAUUUUCAGGCCACUCAGAAGGUGAUUUUCAUGGUAGAUCUUGAAAAACCACAAUAUUUUUUAAAACAACCAAAACCAAAAUCUCAGUGUAGGGAAGGAGGGGAAUGCAUUUUUCUCAACACUUUUUAAUCCCUGUAUUUAUUAGCAGGAUUGAAGAAAGGAAAGUGAUCUUUUUAACUUUUGAUCUCUGUUACAAAGGGCAAUGCAAAUCCUCAAAUUUGGGGGAAGGGGGCAGGUUUGGAUCUGUAAACCCCUCAUUCUAAUUUCUAAUUUCAUGGCGUAGUUCAAAAAACUCACAGCAAGGAAUCAGUUCAGACCACUCUCGGCUUUCCUUUAGUUGACAUCUGGACCAAAAAUGGGAGAAAGAUAACAGGAAGAGAGGGAUAGAAAAGGAGACUGCCCCACCCAUUGCAUGUCCACCCCAUUUUUGUCCUGGCCCUGCCCACUUUGGAUUCUGGCCCCACCCCCUUCUUACUUUGACUCCACCUCCCUCCAACUUCUGAGAAAUUAUUCUUAACCCUCCAUGUAGAAAAAGGACCCCCAACCCCUGACCAGGUCCAACCAUGUUCCUAGUCCUCAAGAUCAACAUCUUUUUUAUUUAUUCUUUGCUGUUCAUCCCUCUCCUUUCCUCUUAAGGUAUCUUGGGGAGCCUCCCGCUUUCUUCCCUCCCUGCCUCACAACAGCCCUGCGAGGAAAUGGUCCAGGAAGGAAAGCCAGACCCUAUUCAAUCAAUAAACUGAGCCAGACAAGGAAGAGAGAGAAACUGGGGCCAAUAUCAUUUCCGUUUUGACAUAUCGUUCAAACGCAGGGACGAGAUUGUUCCUAAGAGACAAGCUGUUAAAUUGCAAACCUAGAAAGAUUUAUUGACGGUUUGAUUUGUUGAGCAAGGAGAGAUUCAGCUCAACAGCAUCUUCCAGCCUGUUGUCCUAUAACUUAAAAAAAAUUACAAGAUCUGCAACUAAUAUCCCAGAAACAGUGCACUGUGAUGAUCUUCAUAGCAACUCCAAAAUCUAGUUACAAGGGAACAUAUUUCUAGUGGGGUAGAAAAGAACUGGUCCCCCCCCCUUUUUUUAUUUAAAUAGUGUAUCAGCAAAAUAUUGGAAACACACACACUCUAAUAAAGAACAGAGUCCCACUCCUCACACACUCAGUAGUGCAUAUUUGUGAGCGUAAUCAUGAGAAAUACCACAUUUUUAGAAUCCAUUUUCCACACAACUGUCUUCUAACCAGCAGUUAAAUAACAGCCGCCUUUGCCCAUUGUGCUCAGCUUAGUUAACUUUUUGCUGGGUUAAAUGUUGGGGAGGGGUGUUCAUUGGGGGGGUGGCGUUGUGUUUGUGCCAGAUCAGCCAGUAUGGUUUAAUGUGUUGCCAACCCAGAACGUGGAUUGUAUUUAUUACCAAGGGAAGCACAUUGUGUCUUUCCAAAAUGAGACUUGCAGAGAUAAGGAUAAAAAAUCUACUAGGAUGACUUAAUAUCACUAAAAAAAGGAAACCCCCACCUCUGCUUGCACUUUUAAAAGGAACCCCCCCCCUUUGCACUUUUAAAAGUCUGGCUUUGAAUGGCCUAUCAGCGAAAAACACAUCAACUGUGCUUCUCCCAUUAGAGAUCAAUGCAGAUCAUCACCUAAACUUGCCUGUGAAAAAUAAGGGAAUGCUAAUUACUGAUAGGCAGACAAAAAUGAACCCAUGGGAGGGGGGGGAGUGUAUGAUUCCCC